ACGUAAGGGCAGAGGCAGCGUGCGCGGUGACGCACAGAGGGGCGGGGCACAGAGUGGAGUCCCACGGACAUGGCGGAGUUAGAAGCAGCAGCAGAACAUGAACGCAUUCUGCGGGAGAUUGAGAGCACGGAGACCGCCUGUAUCGGCCCUACGCUGCGGUCUGUGUAUGAUGGAGAAGAGCAUGGACACUUCAUGGAAAAAUUGGAACUGCGGAUAAAGAACCAUGACCGUGAGAUUGAGAAAAUGUGCAACUUCCAUUACCAGGGAUUUGUGGACUCCAUCACCGAGCUGCUGAAAGUGAGGGGUGAGGCAGAGAAGCUCAAGAACCAGGUGACUGAUACUAACAGAAGACUGCAGCACGAAGGGGCUGAGUUAUUAUCCUCCAUGAAAGAUUUACAGCAGUGCCGAAUUCAGCAGAGGAAUAUUGCAACCACUGUGGAUAAGCUGAACAUGUGCUUGCCAGUGUUGGAGAUGUACAGCAAGCUGCAAGUACAGAUGAAGUCUAAACGGCAUUACCCAGCUCUGAAAACCUUGGAGCAGUUGGAGCACACGUUCCUGCCCCAGGUCAGCCACUAUCGCUUCUGUCAGCUCAUGGUGGAUAACAUUCCCAAACUGCGGGAAGAGAUCAAAGACGUUUCCAUGUCGGAUCUGAAAGAUUUUCUGGAGAGCAUCCGCAAGCACUCGGAGAGGAUCGGGGAGACUGCCAUGAAACAGGCUCAGCAGCAGAGAAGUCUGGACAACAUUCAGUCUGUACAGGGCAAGGGAGGCCUCGCCAGGACACACACUAAAUGCCCAAGUCCUGAGGUGAAUGGCACCAGCCCUAUGUCUGAGCAGGAUUCUGGCAUUCUGGAUGUGGAAGAUGAAGAAGAGGAAGAGACCCCCGGGACACAGGAUUUGGUUGAUUUCUCUCCAGUAUAUCGCUGUUUGCACAUCUACACUGUACUGGGUUCAAGGGAGACCUUUGAAAACUACUACAGGAACCAGAGGAGAAAGCAAGCAAGGCUGGUCUUACAGCCGCCAUCCAACAUGCAUGAAACAUUGGACGGAUACAGAAAGUACUUCCACCAGAUAGUAGGCUUUUUUGUGGUGGAAGAUCACAUUUUACAUACAACACUUGGCCUUGUCAAUAGAGCCUACAUAGAUGAACUGUGGGAGCUGGCCUUGUCCAAAACAAUGGCAGCCCUGCGGACACAUUCGUCCUACUGCUCUGAUCCCAACCUGGUGUUAGACCUGAAGAACCUCAUUGUCCAUUUUGCUGACACACUGCAGGGUUAUGGUUUCCCAGUGAACCAACUCUUUGACAUGCUGCUAGAGAUCCGAGACCAGUACAGCGAGAUUCUGCUGAAGAAAUGGGCUCUGUUAUUCAGAAAUAUACUUGAUUCAGAUAACUACAGUCCUAUCCCAGUGACUAAUGAAGAAACGUUCCAGAAGUUAGUGGGACAGUUCCCUUUCCAGGACUCUGAACUGGAGAAGCAACAGUUUCCUAAAAAGUUUCCCUUCUCGGAAUUUGUACCCAAAGUGUACUGUCAGAUCAAGGAGUUCAUCUACGCUUGCCUGAAGUUCUCCGAGGAUUUGCACCUAAGUUCCACUGAAGUGGACGACAUGAUCCGGAAGUCCACAAACCUGCUGCUCACUCGAACGCUAAGCAACUGUCUGCAGAAUGUCAUCAAGAGAAAGAAUGUGGGACUUACAGAGCUUGUACAGAUCAUCAUCAACACCACCCACCUGGAGGUCUCCUGUAAGUACCUGGAGGAGUUUAUCACCAAUAUUACCGGCGUGCUGCCCGAUACCGUACAUACAACCAAACUCUACGGCCUGACCACAUUCAAGGACGCUCGCCAGGCUGCAGAAGAAGAGAUCUACACCAACUUGAACCAGAAGAUCGACCAGUUCCUGCAGCUGGCCGAUUACGACUGGCUGGUGUCCGACCCCAGCACGCAGGCCAGCGACUACCUUGUAGACCUUGUUGCCUUCCUAAACAGCACCUUUGCCGUCUUCACCCACUUACCAGCUACUUCAGAUUCCCACUCCAGAAUGCCGGGGAAAGUGGCCCAGACUGCCUGCAUGUCGGCCUGCAAGCACCUCUCCACUUCUCUAACGCAGCUGCUGCUAGAGGCAGAAGUCAAACAGAUCACCAUGGGUGCCCUUCAGCAAUUCAACCAGGACGUCAAGGAGUGUGAACGGUUUGCCAGAUCCGGACCAGUGCCUGGGUUCCAAGGGGACACGCUGCAGUUGGCCUUCAUCGACUUAAGACAAUUAUUAAACCUUUUCAUCAAAUGGGAUUGGUCCACUUACCUGGCUGAUUACGGACAACCUACAUGCAAGUACCUACGAGUCAACCCCACCACAGCCCUCAUCUUAUUGGAAAAGAUCCAUCGUGUGAUGAAAGACUCCAGCCGGAAAAACAAUGUUUUUGCUCAGUUCAGGAAAAAUGAGAGGGAUAAGCAGAAGCUGAUAGAGACUGUGGCCAAGCAACUUCGAAGUCUAAUCAACAGCCACCAUUCUUGAGUACGACACUACUGUCCUAACUGGAAGAUGACUGGACAGUGCCAAAUGCUGUACACUAAAUGAACGACUGUACCGUCCUUUUAUUUGGAAUGGAAAACCUUAUCUAGACUGCCUCGUGUAUACGACAGUCAUGACAUCUACUUCAGUAGCAGUAGCCAGAGCGAGGGCCUCUUCCUCGGCACGUGCGCAGUUCCAUGCUAAACAAGGAAUCGACAUUGUCCUGCUUUGCUAGGUGGUGGGUGUUAUACUUUCUAUUGCACUGAUCUGGGAGGUUUUGUGACCUAUACAAUGUUAGGAAACAGUUGUUUCCUUUUUUUUUUUAUAUACACAAAUUAUAUAGCUUUUUUUGAGAGGCUGAACUGAUUUUACUGGGCAGGGUAUGAGGAAAAUGGACAGUUCUCAGUAUGUUAACCUAAGCAUGAGCUGCACUGGGCUCCUAAAACCUAGUCUUCAUCUCCCAAUACUCCAAAACCUACUUGGGACAUGUUUAUCCUUUUUUUUUUUUACUAGACCACAGGGUAUUGCUUUAUUAACAUAUGAUGCUGUGCUACUAGGUAAUUUCAGCAAGUUGCCCCAUGGACAGGCAUUUGCGGGGGAAGCUGAUACAAUAGGCCAAGCAUCCUUUCAGACGUGGUUGGCCUACUCCGUAACCCAAGGCAGCCAAUUGGAUCUUUUGCAUUCAUUAUUCUAACUGCACUAAACAAUUACAAGGGAUCUGCUUAUUGGUGCCUUUGGGUUACUUAGCUCAUGAUUCUUUUGAAGCCUUUUGAGAACGUCAGGUCAAAACCUGCCCUCUGACUUUCCCUGAGGUGUGGACAAAAUGGCAACUACCGUAGUGGUUUCUUGGAGCCAUGUCUGUUGUUAGAGGUUGAAAAUACUCAAGUAAUUAUGGCAAAUGUAUUAUUUAAGAGUUCUCUUGCAGUAUAUCUUACCCCAUUCACUUGAUUACCAGGGUUAGUUGGUACAUCUCAAUACUGAAUCUAGCACAGUCUUCAGGAUAGUCUUUAUUUUGUGUUUUGGGGACUAAGGAAACAUUGUAGCUUAAUACAGUUUCUCGACACCACAGUAAAGCACACUCCUGAUUUCCAUUCCUCAACUCGCUGCCUUCAUUAGAUGAGGAUUGGUCUUCUUAUUGCCAAUAAACCUUCCCACAGAGGAAACCGGAAUCUAGAUACAUGACUAUAAUUAUUUCUUAAUACCAGAUUCAUGCUGGUGUGCGUUGACCACCCUGAUCGAGUCUUUCCUCCUUAGGAUGGAGAUACUGUAGAAACAAUGUAAAGUCUUAAAGAAACCAGGUUCUCACGAGGAGGCAGGAAUUUUUUGGGUGCAAUAAAAUAGCUCUUCCCAAGCUUUACUGAGGAGACUUAGUCAAUGUGAUAAAGAAGGUGGUGGAAUCUUCCAAAACAUGACUUAUGGGGAAAUUCAGCUGACCGGUGGGCUUGAAAUGUGGAAGCAAGUGUUGGGUGUAGGAUGUGUCAGAAAGGGCUUCUCUCCUGGACCCCAUGUCUCACAGGAAAAAUGUUAAGUACAUAUAAAAUACAUUAUAAAUUUUCAGUAUAUACAUCAGCACCCAACCUUUCAUUAUUCAAUGCUGAAUGUAAUCAUCACUGACUGCAGUUCUGACUGGUUCCCUGCCUGCAAUUGACUAGUCACAGCUUAGUUCUGAUUGAUUGCCGUUAGUUUUUGCAGUGCUUCAAUUUAGCAUUUGUUUUAUAGACACUCCUGGACCCCAGGUGAAGCACUUGCACCGGCACUUUAGCCCUCAGAAAAGAAGUGGAGUACACAAGCUGGAUCUGAUGUGUUAGCAGCUAAUUAGGGCGAUGCAGUGCAGCACAGUGCUAUCCAGUGUUUUCUAGAGGUUACUUUUCCUUUAAGCAGCAGAUAUUACUGUAGGUCUAACGAGUCCACUGAAGCUUUCGUAGUCCAGGAACUUUGUAACACUUGUGCAGGCCUAUGGAGACCAUUUGGAUGAGGAACAUCAACAUGCCAAUGUGUGUCUCGCUCAGUGGGAUCUUCUAACCUGCCUAGGAUGCCUAAUUUUCUUUGUCCUUCAGCUGUGUAACAUUUCAAUGAAAUUCAUAUUCAUCAUCUUGAAAUGAAAUGCAGCAGCACACAAUAAUUUAUACUUGGGAUGUUAUACAGUUGCUGCUGAACUAUUUUAUUGGAAGUUUUUGGAAUGAAUAGAUGUAUAGGUCGUUCAUAUUCUAAAUAGUGCCCUCAGGAUAUGGCUGGAAAAGGGAAAGGUAAGCACAUCUUUAGAGUUGCUUCUUAUGAGUAACCACCCAAAAGGAGACCAUGCCGAACACCUGCUCACAAUUCUACAUUGUGCACUUUGAGUAAUUCUGGAGCUAUGGCCAUGAAGAUACACGAAGUUGCUUCAUUUGGACCAUGCCCCACGUCUCCUUAACAUCAGGAAGCCACUGAACCUUGAAAGGAACUGUUCUGUGCAUUUUUUUGACUGCCGGCUUGCAGAAGAUAAAGCCUCAACGUGUUUUAUUCUUCUAGUUGAUUUAAUGAUAUACAUCCCGGCCGUCACCCAAUAAAGUGCUCAUUUUUGGCCACAUUGUUUCAUGAAGUGCCUGAAAUAUUUCUAAUAUCCAACCUAUGCUUCAUUGUGGCUGCUUAGUAUGACCCUAAGAAAUGCAUUGAGCUUCCAUGACUUUAGGGAAUCAGGACUACUAAUCCUAUUGAGCCUGACCUCUGCCCAAUACUCAGGCCUAUGGUAGCAGAAAGAUGUCUCACAGAUUAAUCUCUCGUGCAGAGCCAAGAACGAGUUCUUCCUUGUGAAUGUCUUCUUUGGAAUUCAUUGAAAGCACAAAUUUAUGCAACGUUGCCACCAUUCAAUGUUUACUUUAGAGCUGAGCCAAACUAUAAACUGCACAACCAUGAGAACGGCUAACCGCACAAUGCUCAUUGCCUUCCUACUAGCAGCUUAAGCAGCUCAACAUGUUGCCAUACUUCCAAUAUAACCCUCCCAUAGGGGCCGGGUAUUAUUCUCAGUAAUGCCGGUUUUCCUUUGUUUACCUUAAGACUGAACUACUGGAGAAACCGAUAAUGUGAGAGCUGACAGUGGGAUGAUAAAGGGAAUUCUAGGAGAAUUGUAGACUGCUAAAAAAAGAGUAGGGAUCAUGUCUGCAAAACAUGCACUUUUUAACUUUCUUGUGCCAGAGAAGAGAUUGCCGGGUUAGUAUAAGCCAGCUGUAGGCUAUGAUGACACUCUCGGAGCCUGAAACAGUCUGGUUGUACCAUAAACAAGGCAUUAAAAUAAAGGUUGAAAGUUAAGGAGAAGUAUGAUAGACAUUCAUGGAAUGUUCACCUAGGUCACAAGGCUUUAAGCUUGUAGGAUAUCUAUUGACUGCAAUGAAUGCUGUACACUCCCCUUUGUACUAUAUCACAGCCCUUCAAUAAUAAAAGCAAUUUCAAUUGUGA